UUAUAUUUUUUGUACAUGGGAGUUGUUUUAGAAUAAAAGGGCGAAGCUCAGAUUUCUGAGUGGGAGGUAGGCCUUUGGUGCGCUGCCUCUCGCUGGAUUACUUUUCAUAGCGUGAGGAUUCUGGAAGAAUGCCAAUGCCGCACGACUGGGGGUUUGGGUUGAGGAAAAUGGGGACUUAAAAGAUCACGCAUCAUUGUAUGUUUUUGCUUUAACAUUUCUGCAAGCUUAUGACAGCAGGAACAGAGUGUGGAGCUCAUUACAACCGUUUAGCACUUGCAACACCCCAAGGGACACGUUGUUCAGCAGUUACUAAAAAGGGCUCUAAGAUUAUGUGACUAUUAUAAUAUUAUUGUUAUUUAAAAACAAAGUUUACAACAUUAUGCCUAAUUUUGUUAAUACCAGAGAAAGACAUAAAAAGCCCCAGAGAAUCGUUUUUCUAGUUUAUUCACGCACUUUUUUCACCCGACUUCCUUAGGUUAGUACCUGCGGAGGAUGUUACGUCACAUGAAUAUUAGCAUAAUAUAGGCUGAGCUCACUCUGCGCGCGGCCCAAUGAACUGCGACUAGUCUCGCCACCUGCGAGGAGCCGAAUUCCAUCAUUCCGCGCAUUCUUCCUCCCGCGAGUGCCUGGUUAUUGUCUACAACGAAUCGAAAGUGACGGGCGGUUUACGCCGGGACAUUGAAACGGCUCUUCCAGGCGGUGUGUGCCUAGGAUGGAGACUCCGUUGGAUGUCCUGUCACGGGCUGCAUCCUUGGUUCAUGCUGCUGAUGAUGAAAUGCGUGAAGCAGCACUAAGAGGAGAACCAAGAAUGCCAUCCAUCCAGAUGUCCUCCAAUAUUAUUAACCAACGAACAGGCCCACCUCCCAUAAGCCCUAGCAAGAGAAAGUAUAGUGUGGACCAAGGAGAUGAAGAUUUUGAAUGUGAUGGGGAACAUGCAGCAAAAAUGAGUCGAUUGUUUGCUGCCCAGCUGGGGAAGUCUGCCAACGGAGAUUACCGCAAGGAUCACAGAGAUCAAAGCCGCAGCCCUGUCGAACGCAGCAUGCCCUCCAUGGGCAUCCAUAGCACUCACCUAUAUACAUCAAUCCCAAGUCUGGCAAUGGAUCAGCCAUUAGCACUGACCAAAAAUGUGGAGGUCAGUAGGAGUGCUGGUCUUACAGCAUCUGUAAGCCCCAUCGAGCGGCAGCAGAAUCGUCCAUCGGUUAUCACAUGUGCUUCUGCAAGCAAUCGAAACUGUGGCUUGUCUCACUGCCCUGUUGCUCACAAUGGUUGUGUGCCACCUGCAUCUUCCAGCUACCGAAGAGGCUCUGUCACCAACAAUACAUGUGAUCCAGUGAUUGAGGAACACUUCCGCAGGAGUCUUGGGAAGAACUACAAGGAACCAGAGCCAGUCACAAACUCUGUUUCCAUUACUGGAUCAGUCGAUGACCACUUUGCCAAAGCUCUAGGGGAAACAUGGCUUCAGAUAAAGGCUGCCAAGGAUGGGGUGCCCAGCAGCCCAGAAUCGGCUACACGUCGGGGCCAAACUCCACCCUCUUCCCAUAUGGUCAACCACAGUCAGUCUCCUUCAGUGAUGUCAUGAACAGUGAAUGGCUGGCCCUUUGAUAGAGACCAGCUGCCAAGAGUGGGUGUACUGACACCAGGAGGGUUGCAGUUUAUUAUUUUUUCCAUUAAAAAUAAAACAUUUUUCUAUACCCCAGCUUAGUAGAAGUAAGAGAAAGCUAGCAGAAGAUGGUUCUUUUAGUUGAUAUAGUGCCCUAACCACCUGUUUGUUACCAAAGAAACUGCCGAUGCAAAUCUGCUGCCUGCCCCUCAGCGAUAAGCCAUGCAUUUGUUAGAACCACAUUUUUGUGCUUUUACUUGUAGCUGCUGUUGUCCUCCCCUUCCCAUAUCUAUUUUGGAUCUGCCUCUUGUGUGCUUUGCUCGUUAUUGUUCUUUUUCCCAUGAUUCUGUACCUUUCUACUUGAAGAGAGUGGCCAGGUCUGAUUUGCACUAUUGGAAGUUGGCUGUCAGUUUCUUGUACUUGGAGGGCAUGUGCCAGUUAGAGAUGUUGCAUCAGCGCUCUUGGGCAUUCAUGUUUUGUUUUGUUUUUGUUUUUUUCUGACUUUUACAGGGGCAGUAGUGCUUACCAAUGCAUGUUUUAAAUAGCUGGUGUCUAUUAAUGUAUAGAUGUUAUGAAUCUUAAUAUUCUUUAUUUCAGUUGUUUUUUCCAGUAAUGGUCCUAGAUAUUCUUACUGCUGGUACAGUUCUACUUUAUAUUUUUAAUUUGAUACUCAUUGUAGCAAGAUGCCAGCAACGAGCACAGCCUCCGGGCAGGCCUUUAGAUGUAUACUCACACGCAAGCCCCCUAUAGAGGGUUAAGAUUUAUACUGAGAAGAAUGCAUGGGCAAACAGCAACAUACUCAGAAUCUGAGUGCCCACCAUUUGCUAUUUAUUUUCCUGUUUGACAAAGUAUUAUUUUUGUACUCAAGUUGCAUUUUGAAUCCUGCAAAAUGAAACUUCAUUGAAGGCACUGAUCAGUUGCAUUCUCAUACCCCACCUGACCUGUGUGGCUAUCGGGGUGGGAUACGCCUUCCUGUGGUUUUCCUGAAUGACCCAUUCCCGGCCUGUGUGCUCAGCUCUUCCCUUCCGCUAGCUACUCCAUGCAUUUUGGUUGCUGCCAUGAGGAUUUGGGACUCAAGGAUUUGACAGAAUCUGCUGAUAUUGCAGUCAGUGUAGUUGUUUGUUUUGUGUUUGCAGUGACUGGGUCACCCUUUCCUGCCUGUUUAAUUGCCUACAGAGUGACAUUCUAUACAUUUGUCAGUGGGCACUACACAGGGUUGCUCAGCCCCGACUGCUUGUGCCCACAUGGGGCCUCAGAGUGGCCGAGGCAGCUUACAUUCCUCCAUUAGGCUCGGUGGAGCUGCUCAUGCCGAGAUGGAAAUCGCAGACCCAAACAUUCCGGCAGAACUGCUCUUCCUAGGCACUCACGUGUACUCUUCCGCUUUGGCAUUUUCAGAAUCCUUCUGUUUAGAGGAAAUCACUACUUUUGAAAAGAAGAAAAAAAAAAAAAAAACUUUUUUAUAUAGGUAACUUUUAAGACCAUCAUUACGCUGUGCGUAAAGAAUGUACAGAAAAGAAAAUUCGUAGGUAUUUUUUGAGGAACAAUUAAUUUGUUAAUGAUAUGUAGCUAUUUAAUUUUUCCCUGUCCUUUAUUGUAAUCAUACAGUUUUUUUUUGUCUCUGGUGGAAAAAAAAGUUGAUCUUUUUAAUUGUUUUUGUAGUUUUGUCUGUAAUUAAGGUAAAAAAAAGUGCAGGAACACAGUUACUCAUUCAUGGCCACUAGUUUCUUACUGCUAAAGGCUACGCGAGUUGGUGACAGUAGACUGAUGCCGUUGGAAAGCGGAGCGAAGCAGAGCCCAGCUGUGUUUUUCAGUGCUAUUCAUCUGUAUCUCCUUUUCCUUUUUGGCCUUGUUUCUCUAUAUGAUAAGAGGUUUUGGCUGGCCACCUUUUUGUACUUAAAACGUAGCCUCGACGAACAAUAAAGUGCUCUUAAACCACA